AUGGCGGGCUCCGAUCUCGUUGACCAUUCCCCCCACUAUCCCACUAAGGCGAAGCAGCUCGACACCGCCUCCAACGUGAUCCUCAUUGACAACUACGACUCCUUCACCUGGAAUGUUUACCAAUAUCUGGUCCUUGAGGGUGCUACUGUUCGGGUGUUCCGCAAUGAUGAACUUACUCUGGAGGAAUUGAUUGCGAAGAAGCCUACGCAGUUGGUUAUUAGCCCGGGCCCGGGCCACCCGGAGACCGACGCCGGCAUCAGCAAUGCUGCCAUUCAGUAUUUCAGUGGCAAGAUCCCUGUCUUCGGUGUGUGUAUGGGCCAGCAAUGUAUUAUCUCCUCUUUUGGUGGCAAGGUCGAUGUAACGGGCGAGAUUCUGCAUGGUAAGACCUCGGUGGUGAAGCAUGACGGCAGGGGCGCCUAUGAAGGCUUGCCAGCCGCUCUCUCCGUUACCAGGUACCAUUCUCUUGCCGGAACUCACUCCACUAUUCCCGAUUGUCUGGAGGUGACUUCUACCGCCCAGCUUGGGGAAGAUAGCAGCAAGACCGUCAUCAUGGGCGUGAGACACAAGCAGCUCGCCGUGGAGGGCGUCCAGUUCCAUCCGGAGAGUAUCCUCACCGAGCACGGACGGACAAUGUUCAGAAAUUUUCUCAAACUCACCGCGGGCACAUGGGAGGAAAAUGGAAAGCUUCCUAGCCAACAAUCUGGAGCAAACGGCGCCCCCAAGACCGGCAAGAAAGUUUCCAUUCUAGAGAAGAUCUAUGACCAUCGCAAAGCUGCUGUUGCUGUGCAGAAGCUUGUUCCAUCGCAACGCCCAGCGGACCUUCAGGCUGCUUACGACCUUAACCUCGCACCUCCACAGAUCUCCUUCCCCGCUCGGUUGCGACAGUCUCCUUAUCCGCUGUCCCUCCUGGCGGAAAUCAAACGCGCCUCGCCUUCGAAGGGCAUGAUUGCAGAGACAGCCUGUGCUCCCGCACAGGCUCGUCAAUACGCUAAGGCGGGGGCCAGCGUUAUCUCUGUGCUUACCGAGCCAGAGUGGUUUAAGGGGAGCAUCGAUGAUUUGCGUGCUGUGCGACAAAGCUUUGAGGGCGUUACUAACAGGCCUGCAAUCCUCCGUAAGGAAUUCAUAUUCGACGAAUAUCAAAUCCUGGAAGCUCGGCUGGCUGGCGCAGACACUGUCCUGCUUAUUGUGAAGAUGCUUAGUGUCGAACUCCUGACAAGGCUAUACCACUAUUCCCGAAGUCUUGGAAUGGAGCCUCUUGUUGAGGUGAACACGCCCGAAGAAAUGAAGAUCGCCGUCGAUAUGGGAGCGGAAGUUAUUGGGGUCAACAACCGGGAUCUCACAAGCUUCGAGGUUGAUCUGGGUACCACGAGCCGGCUAAUGGACCAAGUACCAGAAAGUACCAUUGUCUGUGCGCUGAGCGGUAUUUCCGGGCCUAAGGAUGUGGAAGCCUACAAGAAGGAUGGCGUUAAGGCCAUUCUUGUUGGAGAAGCACUCAUGCGCGCGGCCGACAUAUCUACCUUCGUUGCCGAGCUUCUUGGAGGAACGACAGAGAAACCUCUGAAGCCGUCCUAUGGAUCACUACUCGUCAAGAUUUGUGGCACUCGCAGUGAGGAGGCCGCUCGAGCCGCAAUUGAAGCGGGUGCGGACCUGAUAGGGAUUAUCCUCGUGCAAGGGCGCAAACGUCUUGUUCCAGAUGAUGUCGCUCUGCGCAUCUCGCAAGUUGUUAAAUCAACACCGCGAGCCGCAGCACCUCCUCCGACAGUGACGCAAGCUACAUCGGCUGCGACUUCUGUGGACUACUUCGAUCACUCUGUUAAUAUCUUGCGCCAUCCCACCCGGGCUCUACUUGUGGGUGUAUUCCAAAACCAGCCAUUGCACUACAUUUUGGCCCAGCAACAGAAACUAGGUCUUGAUGUGGUUCAGUUACAUGGGUCGGAACCCUUGGAAUGGGCCAGAUUGAUUCCAGUUCCCGUUAUCCGGAAAUUCUCUCUCGACGAGCCUGGAAUCGCACGUAGGGCGUAUCACACUCUUCCCUUGUUAGACUCGGGUGCAGGAGGCUCUGGCGAGUUGCUCGAGCCGUCUCGCGUCCAGAGCGUUUUGAAAAGUGAUAGCGGUCUCCGCGUUAUCCUAGCAGGUGGUCUCGACCCCGCUAAUGUCACCGAUACCCUGAAAAUGCUGGGCGAGGCAGGCCAGAAUGUAGUAGGAGUGGAUGUCAGCUCUGGUGUAGAGUCUGAUGGUGCUCAGGAUCUGGAGAAGAUCCGUGCUUUCGUCAAGGCCAUUAAGGGAUACCAGCAGUGA